UUCCGUAGCAGAUUUGUUUUGGUGGUAUCAGGAAGAAGCCUUCAAGUUAGCUCGGUGGCUAAUUUUAAUGCGACUUUAUUCGCAUUUAACAUUACAAAUAAGUGGGAGUAUUUGUAUAAUCGCUGGCAGUUAAAAGUACCAAACUUAACUCAGUAUGUGCAUCUGAAGCUGCGGAUGGCUGGCUGCAACUUUUGUAUUUUUAUGAUAUGAUGGUGUAAGCUCGCUAACCACAAGUAGCUAAGUUACAAGCUGCAGCAUGAAAUCCAUAAUAAUGAGGCAUUGUGUUCUUCAUGGACCCAGUGGAUCAUGUCUCUGAUCCUGUUUGCCUUUGUGGUUCGAGUCAGGGAUGGACUCCCCCUGUCGGCCUCCACAGACUUUGAACACAACCGAGAGCUCCAGGAGAGGAAACAGCAGCUCAGGACCGUCAGCAAGGCUCUGCCCUGUUUCCCUGACAGAGGGAGCAUCAAGGGCCAGGAGCUCAACAUAUACUUCGUCUGUUCGGAGGGUGUUUCCUACAUGACCGUGUGCCACUGCAGCCUCCCUGUUGCUAAGGCCUUCUGCUUCCUGGAAGAUCUGCGCUGGGAGUUCACAGCAUGCUUCAAUAGCACUGUUGUUGCCUUGGCAGCCCGGCCGUAUCCAUUUUUGGAAUUUGAUGGCACCAUUCAGAAGCUGAAGCAGCAGUACAACCAGAGUGGGGGUCCGGCCCUGGAGGUGACGUUGGCAGAGGUCCAGGAGGAUCUGAGGAUUAAACCACCACAAGUAAUUAACUUGGAGGAAGUGGAUCUCACUAACGGCAUUGCAAACGGGCAUAUCGAUCAAGGUCCUGGAUCAGGUCAGAAUGUAAGACUUGAACCUGUGACGGCACCAGGCAUCCUCUCCCUGGUCCUGAAUAUCAUGUGUGCAUCUUUAAACAUAAUUCGAGGUGUUCACCUCAUCGAGUAUACAUUCCAGGAUGAUUAUGACGGUGUUUGGAAUGUUGUCGCGUUUCUUCUGGCGUUUAUCUGCUGCGUGUUUCAGUGCCACCUCUACCUGUUCCACUCGUCUCGAAAGAAGCCGAAGUGCUUCACUCUGUUGAGUAUCAUCUUCCUAUGCAACCUCUACCUGUUUGGCCUGAGGAACGCCUGGCAGCUGAUCUUCCACAUUUCAGUCGCCUCACUCUCCACCUUCCUCAUCCUCACCCGCAAACUCCAGGACAGAUCCAGUGACUGUGGGGUCUGAGGAGCAGAGGACACUCGAUGGUGUUGCUCCUCUCACGGCUUGUUGUGUCUCCAGUGUUCAUGCCAGGUGAGAAGACGAGGGGAGAACAAACAGUUUGAUUCUCAUCAUUUACAAGGAUGUUUCAUGGAUUUUGAACAACAAAUUCUCAUGAACUUUUUUCUGAGAACAAGUUCAAAUGUCUUGUAUACAGUAUGUACUUGCACUUUGUGAACAUUGGUUGUGGAUGCAGUGAAAUGUAGUACUCACUGGAUCCUUUUAAAUGAUCUUCUCUUAGAAUUGGGAGACUAACAGAAAAGCUUAAAGGAGAUGUCUGUGUUAGAAACAUGAUGUCAAUCUCAGUCAGUGCCAUCUGCUCCCAAAACGUUUUUGAAAAAACAAUGAAGGACUUUUUUCAGUCGCUCUUAUUUUUCAUAGAAACGAUAAUUCUGUCACAGCCAUAACUUUUGUAUCGCUUCAUGCUUUUAUAAUUAAGACGCAUUUCUGCUCACUGUCA